AUGGAUGACUUUUUCGACUUUGAACAGCUCGAAAGAGACAGUACGCUGUACGGCAACGGCUUCGACGCCGGCCAUGAGAAUGACAUGUUGGAUCACGGCGUCAUGGCCAUGGACUGGCAGCCCGUGUUGGCUGACGUUCCUGCGCUGCCUUUGUCAGAUGGGAAUACGCCACGCAAUGAAAGCACCCAGCAGCUUGAUGACCGCCCCACGCAGCAAUACCCCUUGUCCGAGGUCUUGCACCAGCCACCGGCCUUGCUGAUCCCACAGGCAGCGGCGCUUGCUUGGCCCGUCGAACAUCUGCCAACGCCUGGUGGCUAUCGACAGCACCACCAGCUUGACUACCCACCUUCAUCAUCACUCCAGGCACGUGAUGCCAUCUGCCUCGCCAGUAGAGACACUAACGACGCAUCUGCAAGUGAUUUGUGCUCGGCGCGCAAAACACCCUUGCUACCCCAUGGACCCACGCAGAGUAGCUCCAAUGAUAUGCCCAUCACACAAUCCAAGCAUUUCCCUCUCCUCACCGCCAGAGCAUCGCUACCGACUCGUCACGCCUCCUCCGCAAGCUGGAAACCUGCAUCUGCCAAGCGCAAGGGGCCGCAGAGCCGCAUUCCGAUUGAAGCCCGGCAGAUGCUCGAAGAGGAGUUUGCCGCCAACCCGUAUCCUCAUGGGUGGGAGAUGGAAAUCAUCGCGCACCAAGCAAACCUCGAUGUGAAGAAGGUCCGCAACUGGUUCAACAACACCCGCGCAAGGAAAAAAGGCCAAGAACUCGAUACCACAAACCGCGCAGAUCCUUUUGAUAGCACGCGUUCGCUCAAACCCAAGCUCUCCAAAGACGACCUGGAGGCCCUCGGUCAGCAAGCGGACGAGGCGGUCCAGCUGCCCCAGCCGCCUCUAGCACUCUACCUUGCACAGUCCUACCAAGAAGAAGGCGUGGAUCUUACUGACCUACAAGCUGCCAUGGAUAGCGACUCUUUCAGCGGUAGCGGCUAUUCCGACAGAGGCGCAUGGUCGGCUUCCAGGAGAGGCUCUGCAGUCGAUUCCAUCGUGUCGUCCGAAGGCACAGCACCGACCACCUACACCGUGUCUUCGAACGGCAGUCGCAGCAAUGUCUCGUCUUUUGGCCGGGAACGACGGCGUGGCCGCAGACGCAUGGCCUGGAACGAAUCCCCUCAUACUCGCUCAAUCAAUGGUGUCAACAGCGCGGGCCAACCUCAGCAAGACCUGCCCUUCUUCUGCACCUUUUGUCCUCGAGCUUUCAAGACCAAAUACGAAUGGAUACGGCACGAAGAUUCUGUACACGCCCUUCGCACAACCUGGAUAUGCUGUGACACGAGGAGUGCAUCUCUCCUGUCAUGCCCAUUCUGUGGUCACAUGCACCCUGACGAGGCUCACAUGGCGACUCACAAGUACCACCAAUGCCGGUCCAAGCCUGAGGCACAAAGGACAUUCUACCGUCGUGACCAUUUCGUGCAGCAUCUGCACCACGUUCACUUCGCAAACGCCAAACACCCAUCAGUCCGCGUAGGAUGCCAGGCGCGCCUGCUAGCAUCUGAAGGGCACAACUUCGGUUGCAAAGAGCUUUCCAUGAAAUGGCGCAAGUUUGGUGCACCCAUGAAGAAGGACGACCCUAUGCUGCAUUGUGGCUUCUGUGGGAAGAAGUCCAAAGACUGGUCAGAGCGCUGCGAACACGUCGCUGAACAUCUAGUUGCUCACGAACUCAAUCGAUCCGUAUGGUGGCCGGACCGAAAGGAGAAUCAUCUCGAGAACCUGUACUCAACCACACCUUUCGAAUCGUUCCGCUGCCGAUACUGUCUAAAGGUCUUUACAGAUAUCCAGGCCAUGAAUGAGCACUCUCAUUGUCGCGUCUGGAGUUGCCGGUUCCUACAGAGCUUCGACGACGUCGCCGCCGAGAAUGCUGGUCCACCGCUCUGUCCGGACUUUCCCUCCGCAAAGGCUCAUCACUGCCAUCUCUGUGGGACUGGCUAUCGUGCUGUGCACAUCGAGCAUGCACACAACUACCACAGGUACCGAUCUUGCAACCAAGAGUUCUACGAAUCCGAGGACGCCUUCCUCCAACAUCUGCACAACUUCCAUGGUGCGUCUCAGCCGGCGCUGCUGCGAGGAAAUGCCAUCAUAGAGCAGACCUUCAUGCGGAACAAGGGUGCUUCAUUUGAGCCCGUGGAGUUCAAUGAGAGCAUGCAGCCUUGUCACAUGGACCUUACAACAACGCCCCUUACACCCUUCACUGUCGAGAAGCCAGGAACUACUGCACCUCUCAGUGAGAGGCGGGAUCAAAAGCAGCUUAAAAAGUAUUCGCCUGUGCGGAAGCAGUCUGUAAACACAAGUACACGAGAGCCCGCAGAGGCGUCGAAAGCGCCGCGGCAGCGCUCAGACACAGCCACGACGAAAGCCGACUCCCAUGAACCACGUUUUGUUCGCCUCAGUACUUAUAUCCCAUUCACGUCCUCACGCAUAUUCUAUUCGCGCAGCCCAAAGUCUUCCGAAGUACCCAGAGACGCUCAUGCGGUACUCGAAGAGAUGCCGAAGCCUCAUCUGACUUCCUUGGUCAUGAGUGCCGGCCUCAUCAGUAUGGCCGUAGCACGUUGGACCAUCAAACCAGAGAAGCACUCAAAACAUAGCAUGGUCGAGCUCGUUCUUGAGGAAGCUGUCGAUUGA